AUGCACCGUCCCGUCUUUGUCGGCCUCGCGCUCGCCGGCGCCGCCGUGGCCGUCGAGCCGUCGUGCACGACCGUCAAGUGCGUCUUCGACGACCCCACGGCCACGCCCGCCAUCACGGCCUACCCGGCCACCCUCAUCUUCUCGUCCCACGACACCGUGCUCACCUCGUCGUACGACUUUGCCGCGCCCGGCGGCGACGUCGCCUCGGCGGCCGACGGCGGCAACACCACCGACUACCAGAACAUGGUGACCGUCGAGGCCCAGGCCACGUCGCCGGCCUCGUUCCCGGCCACCGUCGUCCAGGUCGCCGUCACGACGCACGAGCUGGUCCACGGCACCGCCCCGUCGCGCGUCACGGCCGCGCCGUCCGUCGAGACGCACUCGUCCACCUGGAUCCUCCACGCGCCCCAGCCGACCGACCUGCCGCGCCACGACCAAGGCCUCUGCGGCAACUGCACCCAGCCCGCCACCUGGGCCCCGGCCGCGUCGUGCGUCGCGCAGAACCAGACCACCGGCUGCGUGCGCCAGUGUGCGCAGCGCGACGGCCUGUGGUACUGCUUCCGCCAGGACGACUGGUACGAGGAGAACGUCAUGGGCCGCGUCUGCUGGUGGCUCAACCCGUUCUACGGCACCACCGAGUUCAAGAUGCUGGGCACGCCGUGCGUGGACGGCGACCGGCACGUCGACUGCGCGGCAUGCGAGACGUACGGUUAG